GCAAAGGAGUGAGUUGGAUGUCAGGGUCAGGCUUCUCAAUCUCAUUAAAAGGACCCGCCAAAGUAUUGGGGCGCGUACCGUACGUACAUGGCCUACGUCGAUACGGCAGCGUUUUGAGGUAUUCUGCAAUUGUUACCGAACUCAUUCCCCUUUUUUCCGUCGUUCUUCUCAAUUUGUCUGAGAAAUUCGUGAAGGAACCUCACUCUGUUGCUGCAUUCCCCCAUGGCUUCUGCUUCAGGUACAGAUUUUGCGUUAGCGGUUUCUUCUGAACUCGAGUCAGUUUUGAGGCUGAAGACUGUUAACUACUUUGUUACGAGGAGGCCAUGGCUCGAUCUUUAUGGAGUUAACGUGAGACCUGUUGCGCCUGUUGGGAGUGCAAGUAGGAGGCCUUACGUGGAUCCUGCACUUAUACAUCGUUCCUUACCUGAUGAGCUGCUUUUUGAGGUUUUUGCUCGAAUGACUCCAUAUGAUUUGGGGAAGGCAUCUUGUGUUUGUCGAAAAUGGAAGUACACAAUUCGUAACCCUGUAUUUUGGCGCAAUGCAUGCUUGAAGGCUUGGCAGCUAUUUGGAAUUGUAGAAAACUAUAAGAUACUUCAAUCAAAAUAUGAUGGCUCAUGGCGGAAAAUGUGGCUGUUACGACCAAGGUUGCGGACUGAUGGUCUUUAUGUGAGUAGAAAUACUUACAUUCGAGCUGGAGUUGCUGAGUGGAAAAUCACUAAUCCCGUACAUGUGGUCUGCUAUUUCCGAUACUUGAGAUUUUUUCCAUCUGGGCGAUUCCUUUACAAGAAUUCAUCUCAGAAGAUCAAGGAUGUGGCAAAGUGCAUGAAUUUCCGAUCAUCUAAAAUAGACUGUGUUUUUGGUGGCCACUACACAUUGUCAGAUGACAAGGUUGAAGCUGCAGUCUUGUAUCCAGGCAUGCGACCCACUGUUUUGAGGAUACGUUUAAGGUUAAGGGGAACAACAACAGGGGCUAACAAUCGGAUGGAUUUGAUCUCACUUGUCACUAGUGGUGUAAACAGUAGUGAGGCAAGUGCACCCGAGGAGGACAUUCUUGGAGUUGUUGAAGGAUGGCAGGAUGAUGAAACACACAACCCAGAUGUACCAGCUGUCUCACAUAAGAGGGGCAUGACUCCCUUUGUCUUUGUUCCAUUUGAAGAGGUGGAGACAUCUGUUCUGAAUCUUCCGGUGGAGAAGAUGGAUUAUUUUGUACCUGGUUGAAUUAUUAUGAUGCCUCAGAAUAGAAUUGGUCCAUUGUAAAUAAUCCAUAACUUAAGGUCGUAGUCGUAGAAUUUGUAAAUUUAUAUAUUUGUAUGUUUAUGUGUAAGUAUGGCGUGAUGAGAUUGAUUUGGUUCGAGUUGCGGAAUUAUCCCUUUAUUCUGCUUUAUGCAUCUGGAUAACGGGAAUAAUCGUAAUUUUUGUUUUGCAAAUCAUGGAUUCGUUUGUUGAGGACAUGUAGUAAUAAAACUAUAUAAGAAUUGUGUAAGAUGUGUUUAACGUCUUUAUAUA